AUGACCAUGCAUGUGCGCGAUGCCUCCGGGCGCCGAGUCUCUCUGCUCAACGACGACGACACAGCCGCUCCUCAACAUCACUACCCACAACACCAGAUAGACCCCAGCUAUGCUGCCUAUUACGCACACGGUCCCCGGAGCAUCUCCUCAUCACCGAACACACCUGAACUGCUGCGAUCAGACUCGUAUGACUCUCAAAUGGGCAGCGAGCCCAUGUCUCCCAUGACUCCUCUCAACGACCCACGAUAUGUCGGCGCCGCCGUGGACCCUUACGUUCACCAGUACGACGACUACUACUCUGAUCAAAUUUAUGCCGCUUCCAAACGCCCCACCGUUCUCGAUGCCCGGGCCGUCUCGUACGAGGAAGACAUGACGGCACACACUACAAGCACGGAACGCCCAGGGAAGCGCUUUCCUUGCCGCUACCGCGACAGCCACGGCUGCGAGAAGACCUUCACCACAUCUGGUCAUGCGUCGCGGCACUCAAAGAUUCACACGGCUGAGAAGGCCGUGCCAUGCUCGUUUGCUGGCUGCACCAAGAAGUUCACUCGCGCCGACAACAUGAAGCAGCAUCUCGAGACUCACUACAAGGACAAGGCUCGGUCCUCGGGGUCUCGCCCUUCGCUCUCUUCCAGCGACAGAAGAGGUUCUUCGUCGGGGAAGUCUUCGAGCCGUUCCAAGUCGAGCACUACUGUGCCACUCAGCAACAACACCCCAUUACCUUCUCCCGGGGGUGUGUGGGACCUGAGGGACCUCAGCGGUCCCCUUCUCGGACGGCCCACUAUUGCACGCACACCCACAGCCGGCCUCGAUGCUUUGGCUAUGGCAGUAGCAUGCCAACAAGAAGUAUGA